GUCUGACCUCAAACCUCUUGUCCAGGAUAAAGCAGUAGUGGUGAAGCGUUAGAACCCGUCCCACAUUUCCAGCAGUUUGGGAGCUGAAUCAUUCAUAUUCAGAUGUAGAAGUUCCAGAACAAUAACCGUGACUGACCACAUCCUUUUACCCACUCAGCUACAAGUUACUUCAGGCUUUAAUCACAUAUUUUACAAUCCAAAGUCCAAUCCUUCAGCAUCUACACACAACACAGAGAUAUCAUCACACCAUCACACUGAUUACACAAACACACAUCCAGCUGUUGGAGAUGUUUAUAGUCAAUUUUUACCUCCUUAUUUUUAUAUCACAUUUGUUUCUACACAGAUGAUUGAGUUACAGUUGGAAUAUUUAUCUUUAUUUUAUUAUUUUUUUAAUUACUUCUUUUCAUAUGUUCUUUGUUUGCUAAUCUGUGUUUAAUUGUAACCAUGGUAACAGGUCUGCUGAUUGAUUUGUUGUUGUAGUGACCCAGUUUUGUAUAUAUGUUGUAUACAUGUCAUUUCCACUGUGUGUAAUUACAGAAUAAACAGUGAGUGUGAGUGAAACACAACAAUUCAGGUGUUUGAGGUGUGUUUGAUCACAAACCUUUCUGAAGCAGUAACUGUUCUGUCUCAGUAACAUGAUCACUUCCUGUCUCUCAGGUGCUGCAGUAUUGGGUGUGGAGCUGAACACAGGAAGUUACUGCAUGGAAAACAUUCAACAAUUCAAUUUAAUGAACAAUUCAAUCUCAACAACUUAAUUUAAGUCCUACAUGAUGGAGCAGACUGGAGCCCAGUGUUAGACCCAAAUCAUGUUCAUUCACAUGUUAAAGAAAACUGCUGCAUCUUUGUGGAAGUCCGUGUCAUUCACAAGGAAGCAGUUUACUGGAACGGAUCAGAAUCUGAAUCACUUCACUGCCUGUGAGUUGGGACACAGGUUUAGGAUCAGACUCAGGAGAACACUUUGUAUUCAAGUGGAACCUUAAAUUAAUAUAAGUUCUCUAAAUAGACCUGCACAUGUAAACAAGAUUAAGUUUGUGUGUGUGUGUGUGUGUCUCUGUGUCCAUGUCCACCAGCUCAGUUCAGAAUGGCAGAAGAGUGAAUAGUGUGUGUGAGGGGUGUGUGGGAUCAUCCACAAUGCUGUUAGAUCUGCGGAUGCAGCGUGUGGAGUAAAUGUCUGUGACUGAGGGGAGAGAGACUCCAAUGAUCUUCUCAGCUGUCCUCACUAUCCACUGAAGGGUCUUGUGAUCCGAGACGGUGCAAUUCCCAAACCAGGCAGUGAUGCAGCUGCUCAGGAUGCUCUCGAUGGUCCCUCUGUAGAAGGUGGUCAGGAUGGGAGGUGGAAGAUGAGCCUUCCUCAGUCUUUGUAGGAAGUAGAGGCACUGCUGGGCUUUUCUGGUGAUGGAGCUCGUGUUGAGUGACCAGGUGAGGUUCUCCACCAAGGGAUUUGGUGCUCUUGACGAUCUCCAUGAUGGACUCAUCUAUGUUCAGUGGAGAAUGGUCACUCUUUGCUCUCCUGAAGUCAACAACCAUCUCUUUAGUCUUGUUGACAUUCAGGGAGAGGUUGUUGGCUCUGCACCAGGCUGUUAGUUGUUGCACCUCCUCUCUAUAUUCUUAAGCCUUUGGACACACAGGUUCCUGCUGCAGUUCCCUGCAGUUUAGGUAGGACACACACACACACACACACCAAGCAGAAAGCUAUUUCUUCUGGAAUAUAAUGGAAUUGUUCUGCCGUCAAAAUGGAGUAAGUGUCAUAGUUUGUUAAGCUACAUCCCCGAUACCUACAAUAGCCGUGAUGGCUAACGUUAUUUCUUUUACAGGAAGUGAUGAUGUGCGAAGCCGCAGCCGUCCUCUUGAAAGGCUACGGCUUGCUCCGGAGGAAACUAGAUAAAGUCAAAGACGCUCAGAGAUGGAAGGAGUGGAGCCUUCCUCUGGCUCGACUUCCUCUGAUUAAGAUGGGAGAUGAUCUCGCCUCCAGAAAUCUGAUCUACCCAGCGCUUAUCUGCUACGUGGUGGCGAAACUGGAGCUGGGGUCGCGUAGACACUUCCAGUUGAUUGGAUACGACAGUGUGCCAUUUGGCUUGACGGUCUUCGUCAAUCCCAUCAUGAGAACUGAGAUGUAUGAAUACGUGCUGUGGCUGACCUCAGGACAGGCCCAGCCAAGCUUCCAUUUUACACCUCUCUUAGAUCUUCCAGUUGUGUGUGGCCAGCAGAAAUCUUUUUUACGGUUCACCUGAAUUAAGCUUUAAAUACUGUGAGGUCAUCACUAGGGCAGUCAUCACUUUCCCCGACAGAGUCACAAGGAGCUUGAUUGAACACCUUCUUUUGCUGUCUUGCAAACUGCAAAAAGACAAUUCAGAAGAACCUGAGUGGCUGCUAGCGCUCCGGCAGCUGCACAGAACUACAUUAGAAAAAGCUAAUGUCAGUGAUGACCCAGAGCAGCACAUGGUGUCUACCAGCCAGAGAUUCAGAGUCUCUGAGAUUCAGGAGUUAAAACAUGAUCCCCCGAAUGAGCCGAUCCCUGAACUCCAGCCUCCUGGUCCGGAGCAGCUUGCUGAACUGGAAGCUUUGCUUUCUUCACGGUACCAGUUGGGAGAUCUGCUGGGGAACGGAUGCUUCGGCUUUGUCUUCAAAGCGGUCCGGAUCGCAGAUAAUAAAAAGGUCGCUGUUAAAGUCGUCAAGAAGUCCGGAUUUACCACAACUAUGAAAAUGCCUGGAGAGACAGAGGAGCUGCCCUCAGAGGUGGCGCUAAUGAGAAUGGUGUCUGAGCCACCUGUCUGUAGCAACGUUGUGGAGUUACUGGAGUGGUUUGACAUGGGCCAUCAGUUCGUCAUGAUCAUGGAAUGGCCCAGUCCCAGUAUGGACCUCUUGGAAUUCAUGGAGCUUCAGGGUGGUUCCCUGUCUGAAGCACAGGCUCGAGACAUCAUGGUGCAGGUGAUUCGGGCGGCUCGUCACUGCUGUGAACGUGGAAUGGUACACAGAGACAUCAAGGCCGAGAAUCUCAUCAUCAACCCCGAAACCCUGGAAGUGAAACUGAUUGAUUUUGGCUGUGGGGAAUUGCUGAAGGACACUCCCAGCAAACAUUUUGUGACAUUGCUCUUGGUGUUCUUUCUCUCUUUUGUACUCAGGCACUAUAUUCCUUAUACCUCCUGAGUGCCUGUUCCGUGGAGAGUACAUGGGUAUUCCUGCCACCAUCUGGGGUCUGGGCAUUCUUCUGUAUCACUUCCUCAGUGGACAAAUCCCCUUCAUUGAUAUAGAACAAGACUUCAGUUAUGGGUACCUGAAUGCACUUCCUGACGUGUCUCAAGAGUGCUUCCAGCUGCUAAUGUGGUGUCUGGAUUUAAACCCUGAAACACGCCCAACAUUCGAGCUCUUGGCCAGGCAUGAGUGGUUUACUGGGGGCAGUUCAGGACAGAGUCCAGCUCAGGAGUCUUCUGGACACUAAAACCUGCUACUGAAGCCUUGUGUGAACUCUGAUGGGAAGAGCAAGACGAGAAAGAGAGACCGAGAUCAGAAAUUCAGAAUUCUGAAUUAUUUUCACAAUGGUUACCAUUCUGUGUGGUCAACUACACAUUUGUGAACAUUUUACACUUGUGAUUUGCCUUUUGCCCAGUAGGGCAACACAGACACACACACACACACACACCACUCUAAAAUAUGGCAUAAUUUCAUGUAAACGAACACAUAUGCUUUUUUUAAAAUCUUAAUUUAUGAACAAUAAAACACAUUUACAUGAAAUUAUGCACCCUGCUGGACUUCCAUGACCAAGCUGGCAGAGGCUGGCAUGCGGGGAAGAACCUGGCAUCGUCUUAGGAGAGGGUUGAUGAUCUCAGGAUGAUCUGGGACUUUUUGUCCUCUGUGGUGCUAACUGCAGUGUCCCGAUGCAGAGUGUUCAUGAGAAGCACAUUCCUUCUCUUUUUGGGGCAGUAGGAGACAAGAGCAUGCGUGUCAGCAAACACAAACUGGGAGGAGAAUGUGGCCCUUUCUCUUGUCGCCAGCAGUGCAGGGGGAAGCUCUGGUUUGUUCUUUCUCACGUUUCCCACCAUGGCCAGCUUCCUCCUUAGCACCUCCUGGCCAAGGACAUGAAAUAGGACAUGAAAAGGUGUCACAAGUGAUGCUGUGUCCCUGAAAGCCCUCUGUCACCUCGAGAACCACAUGCUGGCUCUGAUUCUUCUCUGGCUGGCCAUCCGCAGGUUUGCCAGUGUACAGCUGCAUGUUCCAGGCGUAGCUAGUCUGGGCAUCACAGGCUACCCAGAUUUUGAUUCCAUACUUGCCAUGUUUACUUGCCAGAUAUUGUUUGAAUCCACAUCGACCUCUGAACGGGACCAGGCUCUCAUCCACUGUCACAUCAGUGCCGGGAUUAUACAUUAGCUGCAGGCGACACACCCACUUAUCCCAGACAUGUCGGAUGGCAGCCAGUUUGUCUCUGGCAUGGCACGCUGGUCUGGUGUUGCGAUCAUCGAAAUGAGGUGGAAUGUCUUCAGCAGCAUGGUGGCACAAAAAAUUGCCCUCCCCAUCUGAACAUGCCACAGGCUGGAUGUAGCCUCUUUACUGGACCGGUAGACCCCAGCAAGAAUCAAAAGACUCAGAUUUCCCUGUUGAUCUUUUUUUAUCUAUUUUCGUUCCAGCUGUCACCAUAUACACGACACCCCUCCUUGUUGGUCAUUUCUAGUACUAUCUUUUCAAUUUCCUCUGACAUAAACACCUCAAAGGUCGACAUUAUAUUAACAGCAUGAGAGACAGCAUACCUUGUUUGCCCUCCUCUCCCGCUCUGCCCCCAACAUACGGUGUCGGUUGCUUGGAGGAAUGGAGGACCAGAGAAUAUUUCCAUCUUUGGAUUGGACAAUAUCUUUAGUUUCAGGAGGCUCCUCUUCAUCACCCUCUGACACUUCCUCCUCCUCCUCUUCUGCAGGUUCUGCCUCGUCUCUCUCCUCCUCCACAAGGUCAAAAAUGAGGUCAAGGGCCUGUAAUGCGGUGUAGGUCCGCUUCAGUUUUUUUUUUUUUUAUUGUAUCUUGUCCCCAGUUUGGCAAAGGCAUAUCUCAUAGCUUUUGUUUUGUCUGGAGGCCCAAUGAAAUGCAAUGCCCAAUGCUUUGAAGUGUGUUUGACUGUGUGUGUUUGACUGUGUGUGUGUGUGUGUGUGUGUGUGUAGCCCCAUGUUGGUAGAUCAGAUGUUGCAAAUCACAAGUGUGAAAUGUUUAUGAAUUUGUAGCUUUUGUUUUGUCUGG